AUGGCUUCUUUCUCAGUGGAGGAUUUUGUAGGUAACGGAGUUUUGAAGCACUUGCUUCCAAUGUUGUUGGAAGACGGUUGGGAUGAUGUACCAACUUUGAAGAUUAUGAAUUCAGAGGCUAAGGAUGCAAUGAACAUGACACAGCAGCAAAAGGAUGCAUUGGAAAUCAGAUCAUACCUGCAUGAUCAUGCUCUGCUGCAGUAUGGGGAUAAGCUAGAGGCCUCUGGGAAAUGUUUGCCUGAGCUUCUUAACCUAAGCCCUGGGGAUCUCUCCUCUCAGUUUGGGAUGAAGAGAGGCCACCUAGCCCGUUUCAUGGACAGAACCAGUGCAUGUGCAGAUCCUUUGCUCAAAUCAUAUGCUCCUCUCACUGCAAGGAAAAUGAACAGCAGAGUCUCCCUAAACAAUAGCAAGUUCAAGAGUUAUGCAUCUGUCAGCUCUAAAAAGAUGCAAACCAGUAGUAGUAUGAAUUAUGAUAAACCACUUGAGCAAUCACUCGCUGAUUUUAAGAUUAAAGAUGGAUACAUCUUUAAAGGGAUUGUAGCCGCAGGGCCAGCUGAGCCCAGAGCAUGUGGCUGUGUACAACCUCCUCCAGUAGUUGACAGUGUUGCCCCUUAUUCUGUUGUUGAAAACAUCUCAGUUCAGAAACUAACACCAGAGUAUAAGAUUGGAAUGGAGCGUUUGGUGAAAACCAAGACACCUCCAAUGAAGGCUUCAGAAUUAUGGCGAGAUAAACCAGCUGUAAUCCUUUGCAUUAGGCGACCUGGGUGCAUCAUGUGCAGGGCUGAAGCUCACCAACUUUAUGCCAAAAAACCCAUAUUUGAUGCACUGGGAAUUCGACUAGUUGCAGUUCUCCAUGAACAUAUAGAGUCAGAGGUUAAAGACUUCUGGCCUCGAUAUUGGGGUGGUGUUGUGCUCUUUGAUAGGAAUAUGGAGUUCUUCAAAGCUCUUGGUGGUGGGCACCUGCUUAAGGACAAAUUUAUAUCAGGAUUUGUUUUCAACCCACGAGCUAUUGCAAAUUACAAGCGUGCAAAAGCUAUGGAAAUUGAGCAAAACUUCAAAGGAGAAGGUGAAAUAAAGGGUGGACUCUUUAUAGUUGGCAGGGAAAAGAGUGGCAUAGCUUAUCAGUUUAUUGAGAGGAACUUUGGUGAUUGGGCUCCUGUAGCUGAAGUAAUUGACAUAUGUAGCAAGUUGCAGAGCCAGUAA